AUGACUCACGUAGGAUUGUUGGCAUGUUAUGCUGGCCUUCUCGCCAGCGCCACCGCACCGCAACUCUCAUCGGCUCUUUCCCUUCGCUCUGGCACAGAGAUGUCUCAGCAAAAUGGCCUCCGCACAAAUUUAUUAGCAUCCGACGAAGAUUUGCCGCAAACGCCGACGCCGCCCCAAGCCGAUGACAAAACUGGAGACUGCCUGGAGAUCAUAAACAAGCUAAGGAAAGAAAAUCUAAAGGACCUCUUGGGAACCCUCACCAAGGCAGACGACACUGAGGUGACCCAAAGCCUGAAGAAGAUCGAAAUAGAGCAGCCGGAAAACCCUACUGCGGCGACAAUUGCAGUGACGCUUGCUGGUGACAAUGUAGAGACAUGUAAUUCGGGCAUAAACGCAAAUGCGGAGACGUAUCCCGGACUCGUCAUUCCAUUCACGCAUGAGACGGAGUUCGACUGCAGCGCAUUCAUUCAGGCGACUUACACAGCCGGACUCGACCACCUCAAACAAUCGAACUUCGAUCCAUCGACAGAAACAUAUGAUGUUGAAAACGCUCCAUUUGAUAACGUAGACGCCAGCAAUGUGGCGUUUCUACUGUCGGCGAAAAGCACAAAGGUCUCAUGCGCCGCCACCAACAACUGCAGUGCAGGCCACGACGUUUUGUUCUGCUACUUCAUAGAGCCACUUCAAAAAGGAGAAAAGCCUUUCACGCCUGAGCUUUAUAAUGCCCUCUGGGGAUUGGAAACAGGCGCAGCGUCCAUCUCGGUUCCUAGUGUCCCUACCGUCCUUUUUGUCCUCGCUCUGAUCAUUCGUAUUUGA